GAAAAAAAAUUCAUUUUAAUCAUUGAUCAAAAUAAAUUUUUUUGAUAUGUUUUACUCCGUAUUAAUUUAUUCCCCACACCUCUUAUUACGGGAGAUUGUGAAUGUACAAUUUCAGCCCGCGUCAUCACUGAUUCACUUCAUUCACCCCUCUCUCUUGCGCUAUGGCGAUGAGCUCUGAGAAGGAAGUUUUUUUGAAGGAGUUCGGCGAGGAUUACGGCUAUCGUAAUUCCUCUAGAAAUAUAGAUCAGAUUAGAGCCAUGGAAUUCAAGCGUUUGGAAGGUGUUGUGUAUCUGGAUCAUGCCGGAGCUACCCUCCACUCGGAGUCUCAAUUGGAAGCAGUUUUGAAAGAACUCAAUUCCACUGUUUAUGGAAAUCCUCAUAGCCAAAGCAGCUGCAGCAUGAGUAGUAAUGACUGUGUUCAAAAAGCACGUCAGCAGGUACUUGAAUUCUUCAAUGCAUCCCCCAGAGAGUACAGCUGCAUAUUCACUUCUGGGGCAACAGCAGCUUUGAAGCUUGUUGGGGAGACAUUCCCAUGGUGCAGUGAGAGCAGCUUUAUGUAUACAAUGGAGAAUCAUAACAGCGUGCUUGGGAUAAGAGAGUAUCUUUGUUUUUACCAGCAACAUGCUAUGAAUUCUAUAAUUAGUCAUAUUUGGCCAUAUAUAUCAGCCUUUUCAAGUUGUGCCUUUUCCCUGUCUAAAGCCAAAACUUUAGCUUGAUUUGAAAAAACUAGUUUUAGUCUGCAUAACUCAUUGCUUACUGUUGAUGUGCACAUCGUUUGCCCAUUAUAUUUCGUAAUCCGAAUGAACUCUUAUAAUGUGU